AUGGAUUGGGCACCGACUGACUCGUUCCAAACCUCCUUGCCGUGCGACAAGCCACCGGAGGCUCAUGACAUGGCUUCGGAACACUAUUACCAGGCACUUGAGAAUCAGCUCAUCCAACACCAUUCAUGGGGCUAUGCGGACCAUGUUCUCUCAAUUCCCUCGCAGAAUGGGACUGUCUUCUCAGAAACACCUCUACAGUUCGGCAACUAUGCUGAGGGUUAUCUACCUGCUAACUUGGAAGCGUCUGCCAACCACAUGCUUCUCUCCAACGCAAACUUUGAGAGCGACAUCGGUACCAUGGGGUUAUCUGAUCUCAAUGUAAACACCUCUGAUCAUGUAACAGACAUGAUUAGUCCUCGGCACCACGACCAUCUAUACGCUUGGGGUUCAUCAGAGAUGAUUUCUCAAGAAGACGGAGUGUAUCAUGCUGCCUGCAUGAUGCUCUAUAAUCACUCUAACAUCAAUGUUGGUUCACAUGACAGUGGUGAAUUAAUCACUAUCCAUGAAAAAUCUUCAGCAUCGAAUGCUAUGAUUUUAUUUCCAGGAACUUCGGUAUCUUUCGCUGGGCCAUCAGAUACUCGGCAGAUGAGCUACGUUGAGCCAACGGCGAUAUGCGAAGACCAAGCAAUUCUAAACACUGUCACCCCACUGCCUAUAUCGCAACCGCCAGCAACCCGAAAGACAAUUCGCAGCGCGAAGAAGGUAUCCCACUCUGAUACCAAAUGGGAUGAGCUUCGAAAAGACCACCUCAAUCGUCUCUACAUCAAGGAGAACCACACCCUGGAUGAAGUAGUGUUUGAACUGGCUGCUAUCCACAAUAUCGAGAUCGGGAAGUCUACAAUCGAGAGACGACUCAAGGACUGGCCGGAAUUCUCGAAAAAUAACGUUAGCCAGCAGCACCAACAGGAGGGCGUCUCGACGCGCCGACGUACUGCAUCGGCAUUGACGUCCUUGAGACCAAACUCCACCUCCCCUUUUGCACAGUUUCCAUUUGUUUCUCUGAAUACCACAAGACGACAAGCCGAAGUCGAGAGAAUACGGGAACUAUCCCCCGCUACCUAUCUCCACCAGGAGAGGAUGUUCCACGCGCUAGACCAGCUCGUCAAAGGUCUUCUCGCCUCGGGCCAGAAAAGCUGGACAGUUGAUCCAGUACGGCCCAUCUCCUUCAUCGCACCAAACAGCGGCGGCCGUACAGAACAUGCGUCGACGACACCUCGUUCACCACCCUCACAAGACUGGGAACCCCUCGUCGAAAAGUGCCGUGGCAUGGCCACCCUGGCAGAGACAUCACAGUUCAGCGAACUCCUCUCUGUAUUUGGCAACGUCCUGGCAUCGACAAAGCAGAUGGUCCAGAUCUGCGCCCCUGAUUUCCUCGUCUACUUCUGGAAAAUCUGCAUCGCCCUCUUCCAAGUCCGCAUCGGAGGCCGGAGAGACUACCUCUGCCUGCGCCUCUUUCUUCACAGCCUCGGCGCCUACCUCGCCAGGUCCCCCUCGGUCGGCGCGCACCACGCUGUCACCGUCUUCGCGGCGUCGCUGAUCGGCGUCGUCGAGUCGGAACCGCUCGAUCUCAAAGUCACGCUCGGCCUGGCGUACUGGAAGGCCAUCCACGUGCUCGCCAGCCUGCUGGGCGGCGACCACGCUAUCGUGCUGAACAUGACGACCCAUUGCGUGCGGCACUGGCCAGGCCGGUUCACGCCGCAGAAACACGUCCUCGAAUCUGCGUACCAAGAGCUCCUGUCCAGGAAAUCCUCGGCUCCGUGGGCGCUAUCGGAAAAGGAUGUCUCGUUGCAGCUGGACUAUCUGCGCACCGUGUCUGCGAAGAAGAACUACGCCCCGGACGUCAUACAGCGGGCAGACGAACUCCGCAGGAUCACCCGAGAUAUCAGCCUGAGCAAGGCAACUACGGGCCGCCUGCAAGCGACCGUCACUACUCGCGCCUUUGACUUUACGACGGAACUGCUGACGGCUCACCACCUAGAGGCAGCAAGCCACGCGCGCGACGCGGAUUCCGUGGAGGCCAGUCAGGCAGUGGCAUUCGGCCUUCUCAACACGGCGAUAGAGAUCUUCCGAGAGGGAAGCCUCGAGUGCCAGAUCCGCGCUGUAGCGUUCUCAAAGCGAUUGGAGGUCCACCUGAGGGCAUCGGGACGGAAGAAACAGGGGCUGGAUGAGAAGGACCGAGGACGAGAUGUGCGGCUCGCCAUCAAACGGGCUGUGAUGGAGCCGUCCUGGGAGCCAAGUUUCACACCCACGGUGAGGAGAUCAUCACGUCCUCGAGCGUCGACCAAGGCGGCUUGGGCGGCUCAGAAGCGCCGAACCCGCGUGGAAAGCCGGGAUCAUCUGGUGUGUAUGCUCCAGGCGGAGAGUCGCACGCGGAUCUCUACGUGA